AACACUGUUGCCAGGCAACCAGCUGCUUAGCGACCGGGUCAGUGUCUCACCUGCAGCAGCAGCGGUGGUGGUGGUGGUGGUGGGCCCACACACCGGUGUCAGUCUCUCCCGGGGCAGCAAGCGGGACGGUAAACUUUCUCUCGGUGAAUACUGCCAGACCCACCGGGCUCCAUGGGUAACAGCUCCAGCGUUACAGGGCUAAACCGAGCCGUUCGCAAUGCGCUAAAGAAGGCCAGGAGAAUCCAUCACAAGACGAUUGGGACAUGUCAGAAAGUUCUUCAGGUGUGAACACUCUCAGUGGCAGUUUUCCCAAAUCCCACUCAUCCCAGUACUCUGACCUCGGGGUUACACGCACCCCUCUCUCUGUGGACCAGAGUCCUGAUUCUGGACUUGUAUCUACACCUCUCCCAUCAAGUCGGUUCCGGUUCGUGUCGUGGCAUCGCCUGGAGCAGUGUGAUGUCACAGGGGACCAGCUGACCUGCCCCAGGGUCAGAGAAGGGCCAUCAGAAGAGGAGCUGUUUCAAAGAGAGGAGGAUGACAUCUGUUUGGAGAGAGGAAGGAGAAGGAGGAGAGAGGGGGAAGGACAGAGAUGGGAAGAGAGACUGCAAGAGAAUUGGGAAAACUGUCUGGAGUUAAAUCUGUCCUACCAGGACUUGGGCGAUCCCUUCCAGCAGGAGAAUUUCCUACGGAUCCUCCGCCGGUUGAUCCGUGUGGAGAAACUGCAACUGGUGGACAACUCCCUCACCAAUCUGAGUUCUGUGCGCCUGCCAAGGUGCAGAAUGCUAAACCUGCAGCGUAACCACCUGGUGUGUCUGCGUCAGCUGCCAAAGCUCCCAGUGGUGGAGCACCUUUGUCUCUCUGAGAACGCCAUCAGCUCCCUGGGGGGACUGGGAGCUCUGGGGAACAGCCCGCUCCGCUCCCUCAACCUGACCCACAACCCAGUGACCUUCACUCAGGGCUACCGUACACGUGUUUUCCUAUGUUUGCCAAAGCUAGAGAUCCUGGAUGGAAUUCCCAAGCUGCCAGAAGACUCUCUGCCUACCAGACUACAGUUCCCAGAAACCACCAGGAUGUGCAACAUUUUAUGACAUUCUUGCAUUGAUGGAUGUGUACGGAGUCAGUCCUCCCGAUCCUACAACACUUGAAGCGAUGACAAGGCUUCAGCAAAGUACUCUUCAGCAGACGUUGAAGUUGCACUGAAGGUUGCAUUGAGCUGUUGAGUUAUUCACACAAAUUGCCGAAAAACACCGCGCUGACAAUGCAGUCAGAUGUGGUAAUGUGCUUCAGGGCCAUGCAAGAUGCUUUUUAUAUGUAGUACCAAUUACAUCUAUUAUUAUUAUUGAUAUAUUUGUAAGUGAGAUUUUUUAUAUAUCUUAUUGACAUAUUUUGAUAAUAAAUAGAAAAUAGCUUAAAGACUUA